AUGUUGACUCUGACUCCCACCGUAACUGUGCCCCAUGAGGUCAAGAGUGCAUUUCAGUUGCUUUCAAUCCUGGAGUUUGUGGUCAGCGUCCUGGCCAAUGCCUUCAUUUUCCUGGUGAACUUCUGGGACAUGGUGAAGAGGCAGCCGCUGAGCAACUGUGACCUGGUGUUGCUGAGUCUCAGUGUCAUCCGGCUAUUCCUGCAAGGGCUGCUGUUUCUGGAUGCCAUCCAGCUCACCCACUUCCAACGGAUGAAGGCCCCUUUGAGCCAUAGCUACCAGACCAUCCUCGUUCUCUGGAUGGUCACCAAUCAAGUCAGCCUCUGGCUCGCCACCAGCCUCAGCAUUCUCUGCUGCUCCAAGAUCAUCCACAUCUCCCAUACCACCCUGUUUUGCGUGGUUCACAGGUUCUCCAGGAAGAUCCCCCAGGUGCUGCUGGGAGUUAUUCUUUUCUCCUGUGCUUGCACGUUCCUCUGCUUAUGGGACUUCAGCAAGAGAUCUCGCUUAAUGGUCACAACUCUGCUGUUCAUGAAUAGUACAGAAGAAGAAAAUGCAAAGAUCCGUUUCUUUUAUUCCUUCCUCUUCUGCAAUCUGGGGUCCAUCCUCCCUUCUCUCUAUUUUCUGGCUUCUUCAGGGCUGCUGAUUGUCUCGCUGGGGAGGCACAUGAGGACAAUGAGGGCCAAUGCCAGUGGCUUUCAUGACCCCAGCCUGGAGGCCCACAUCAAAGCUCUCAAGUUGCUCAUCUCCUUCCUCUGCUUCUAUGUGGUGGCAUUCUGCACUGCCCUUCUCUCAGUGCCCUUAAUUAUGUGGUGGCAAAACAAGAUAGGGGUCAUGGUUUGUGUUGCAGUCAUGGCAGUAUGUCCCUCUGGUCAUUCAAUUAUCCUGAUCUCAGGCAGCAGCAAGCUAAGGAGGGCCGUGGAGACCAUUCUACUCUGGAUGCAGAGAAGCCUAAACGUAAGGGUCAAGCAAAAGGCAGACCCCCGGGCACUGUGCUGAGCACGGGCAUGAAAAGGGCCUCUUUGUGGACAUGCCUCUGAUUCUCCAUGAAGCCUUCAAACUGUUCCAAUUUCUUCCCUAAAACAUAAAGGGGAAUCUCUCCACUUUACAACAAUGGACUCACCCAUAGAAGA